CCACAUCGCAUAGGAAAAGAACGGCAGGAAGGGCUGGCUGCAGAGGCAUUAAAAUCAAAAUUAAAUUAUGGCUACUGCCGAGCAACUGCAUCUGGUUGCACAAACUUUGCAGGCGGCCACAAAUCCCAGUCACGAGAUAGUCCAAAAGGCCGAAGCCCAGCUUAGAGAAUGGGAGCAACAGCCGGGCUUUUUCCCAACAAUAGCGCGUCUCAGUAUGAAAUUGCCUGCUGUCGCCGCCGGCCGUCCUGAAGGGGAGGGAGGCGUAAAUGCCCAGGAUGAGAAUGAUGUUAAAGUGCGUUGGAUGGCCGCAGUGUAUCUAAAGAAUGGAAUAGAACGCUAUUGGCGACCAAAUUCCAGACACGAGUUGCCUGCCGAACAAAAGCAGCAGAUCCGAGAUGUCCUUCUGCAGCAUUACAAUUUAGAGGAAGUACCACAAGUUGGCCUGCAAGUGGCUGUCCUGCUGGGCAGACUGGCCCGCACUGAUUACCCGCGUUUCUGGCCAGAUUUGUUGCCCACCCUUAUGAAGCAGCUACAGACAUGCAAUGCGGCAGAAAAUACAGAUGCCGCCCUGCAGCAAAGAAUUCUUUUGGUGCUACAUUAUGUGUUGAAAGCAUUGGCCUCACGCCGCCUGAUGGCCGAGCAACGAGCCUUCGAGGAAUUGGGCACUCAAAUUUUUGGCUACUUGGCCUGGGACAUUUGGGCGGUGCUCACCAAUCGCUGUCUGCAGUUAAUCAAAAGGAUUUGUGCCAGCGGUAGCCAGGAUGCCCAGCUUGAGGCGGAGGCUCUGAGCAUCUUACAACGAGCCUACAUUGUGAUGAGAUCACUGCGGAAACUCCUCGUCUAUGGCUGUGCUAAGCAAUAUAAGAGCCCCGAUCACAUGCAGUUUGUGGAGCAACUUUUUGAACGAUUGCGUGAGUGUCUCGAAUUACGCUAUCAACUGCGCCUGGGUCCAAAUCGUGGAUCUCCGCUUAUAGCUGAAUUGGAACGCUUCAUUUUGAAGAUGAUGAAAUCCCUCAACGAAUUCAUGGAGCGACGUGCCCUCUCCUUUGCCCGCUUCGUCUCGGUGGCUCUGGAGUUUAGCUUCCAUUAUGUGUUUCACGAAGGCACUGGCCUUAUCUUUGACACCGGCGAUCGAAUGAACUUUAGCAACUUUGCCAUUCAGGCCAUCAAUAUGCUUAAGGGCAUUAUGUUGAGUGGCAAUGAUAGCAUUAGUGCGCCAGCUGCACCUGAAGCCGAGGGUGCCCAAUCCUUGGAGGACGAGCUAUUGGCCUCCGCCGGACAGGCGCAAUUGAAAUUCUUCACCGAGGAACGGAUUACAUAUAUGAGUGAAAAGAUGGUGACUCACUACUUUCUGCUGACCCAGCAAGAGCUUGAAGAGUGGCAACAGGAUCCCGAGGGCUAUGAUCAAGAUGAUGGCGGUGGCGAUGCCUGGAAGUAUUCGCUACGAGCCAGUGUAGAGACAUUAUAUGUCACCUGUUUCACCCAGUACUCGGCUGUGAUGAUAGCCGAAGUCCUGAAGUAUGUGAGAAGAGCCCAAGAGCUCCAGUUGACGCCGGAAUCGGAUUUAAAGUCUAUUCUUCUGAAAGAUGCCAUCUACAAUGCCUUGGGACAGACCUCGUUUUAUUUUUUCAAUCGUCUGGAUUUCGGUAACUGGCUGACCUCGCAAUUGUUGUCAGAACUCAAGAUUGAAGCUCCUAAUUUCCGGAUACUACGAAGACGUAUCAUUUGGCUGGUGGGUCACUGGGUCGGGGUUCAAUUAUCACGCGAACUGCGUCCACUGGCCUACGAGGCGUGUCUGCAUUUGCUGCGCCCCCAGGAAGAUAUGCCCACGCGCUUGGCAUCAGCGAGAACUUUAAAUCUUCUUAUCGAUGACUUUGAGUUUAUGCCCGAAUCAUUUCAUCCAUACUUCUCACCACUCUUCGAGGCCCUCUUCCUGCUGUUGCACGAGGCGGGUGAAUGCGAUAGCAAAAUUGUGGUCCUAGGCACCAUGACCCUGUUGGUGGAAAAGAUGAGCGAAUAUAUCGAACCUCAGGCUCUUCAAUUUAUAUCCUAUUUGCCGCUUCUAUGGCGGGAGAGCGAGAAAUAUGAUUUACUGCGUUGUGCAAUCAUUGGGACCUUGGAGCAGCUGGUGCGUACCAUACGCGAUGUGCCUGAGCCUAUGAAACCCUUCCUCUAUAGCGUGAUUGAGCUUAGCACAGAUCUUCAGCAACUCUCUCAUGUGUAUCUGAUAGAGGAUGGGAUCAUGCUUUGGCUGGCUGUGAUUGGAAAUUCCACCCAAUUGACACCCGAACUUUUAGUUCUCUGUGAUCAUCUGUUGCCCAUUAUCGAGAUGUCAUCGGAGAAUUUACGCACUGUGCUUCAACUUAUACAUGCCUACAUUCUACUCGAUGCUCAGGUCUAUCUGAGUCGCUAUGGUGAAGGAUUCGUGUCCUACUGUGUCCGUUCGUUUGAGGAUAUACGCACAGAGGGCAUUAUUGCCAUGCUGAGAAUAUUUGAGACAUGCCUAAAAACGGAUGCUACGAUGGGGUUGCGUCUUGUGCGACCCGCUUUGCCAUUUGUGUUCCAACAGGUUUAUCUCAGGCAGGAUUUUCCCAUGAUCAUGGGCUGGUAUCUGACCAUUGUAGCUCGGACGCUACUCAUUGACCAGACGGUAUUUAUGUCUGUGGUCCAGGAACUUCCGCAAGCAGAUGCCUUGGCACGCAUUCUAGAUGUGUGGAUUGAGUUCUUCCCCCUAGUGCCCGACACGCACGCCGAGAAGAGGAAACUUUUUUGCCUGGCCUUUGCCUCGAUCUUCGGUGACAAUGAAUUGCUUUUGACCCGCUUACCUCACAUCUUACAGCUGGUGGACGAAACUCUGCGGGAAGUGAUGGACAAGCAAUAUUCCGUUGUCGAGGAGGGCGAUGCCAAGACAACGCCACGCUAUUACGACUCGUUGGUAAUCCACGAUGAACAUCAAUUAGACUUGGACGAAUUUCAAUAUCAAUUUGGCAGUGGCGAAGAUUUCCAUAUAAAAAGCUAUCACGGGAAGACCUACCAUGACGAUCGGAAUCGCCAGCUCGUUCUCAAGGAUCCCGUUUAUAAAAUACCCCUUACCGAAUACCUCAAAUGGCAGCUUCAAUCGCUACAAUCUCAGUUGGGCGUUGCCCGUUACGAGCAGCUGAUGCGAGAAGUUGCACAGCAGGUUCUAGAACGAAUUACCAUGUACAUAGAGCAAACGGUUCCCAAGGCGUGCGUGGUAUGCGCCGGCGGCGGUGCAAGUGGUGCAGCUGGAGGAGGAGAUACAGCAAUAGCAAAUGCAGUCAUCGAUGAGGCUGAACAGUUGGUGGAAUCUGGCUGAUACCGUAUCGAGUCUAGUAUUGCUGUGCUUAAAAAGCUUUCUAUGCUAAGUUAUUGAUGUAUUUUGUAUUGAAAUUAUAUAUUUUUAAUUGUUAA